UGAUAAAACAAAGAGUCCUGUAUUUUAGAUAUAGACGAGUGUGCGAGCAACCCGUGCGAACAUGGCGCUACAUGCAACGACAUGGUCAAUAUGUAUAAUUGUACCUGUAUCCCUGGGUACAAUGGUACAAAUUGCGAACAUGAUAUUAAUGACUGCGUGGGUGAAAAAUGUUUCAAUAAUGGCACCUGUAUCGAUCAAGUUAACAAUUUCACGUGCACGUGCACGACAGGAUGGAAGGGACACGAUUGCAGUAAAAAUAUCGAUGAAUGUAAGGAAAAGACCCAUAAAUGUAACAGGAAUGCAAAUUGCACGGAUACAGAAGGAGGAUAUAAUUGCACGUGCUGGGAAGGGUUUACUGGUAACGGAUAUAUGUGUGAUGACAUAGAUGAAUGUGUUUCUAACAGCACGGUAUGCUUUAACAAUGCUACAUGUGUGAACACUCCCGGAGAUCAUAGAUGUGUUUGUGCCCCAGGGUGGACAGGCGACACAUGUUUUGUAGAUAUUGAUGAGUGUAAUGUAACUUCUGCGUGUGCAAAAAAUACAAACUGUACAAAUACAAAUGGAAGUUAUACAUGUAAAUGUAAAGAUGGUUACCGUGGUGACGGGUAUCAUAAAUGUAUAGAGGAAGUUUUAAUAGCGGUAGAUAAUGUGGGACACACAGAGUCUGGGGACGAUGAGAUUUUUGGUCCUUACCAUGUAAACAAAAGCUUAUCAUUAUUUGGCCGAAUGUACAAUAAGUUCUACGUCAGUAUCAACGGAUAUAUAACUCUCGGGAAUGUUAUUAACGAAACAUAUCCUCCAGCGACAUCUAGCGGCUGGGACCGAUUUGAAGUCCCAAUAAUUGCACCGUUGUGGGCGGAUAUUGAAAUACAUGGAACGAAUAGUGAUGUCGAAAUUACAAAUGAAUUGAAUGGAAAAGAUCUUGAAAAUAUAGCUAAACAUCUACAAGUAAACAGCCUUAGGACAGGUAUAGUGGUGACUUGGAAGCGAGCCGUACCUUACCCUUACUCACAGAACGCAAAUUUUGAGGCUGCAGAUUUUCAAGUUGUCAUCGGUGCGACAGAAUCAAACACGUAUAUGAUGUUUAACUACGACCAAGAAAUAUUCACGUGGAGGACAUUUUCUGAUAGAAUUGUGGCAGCUGGCUACUAUUUUAAUCACAAGAACAAACUGAUGACAUUAGAUAGUAAUAACUUCACGUCGGCAAAUAUGAUGAAUUAUGACUCAAGUAUUAAAGGUCGAUGGAUAUUUAAUGCAACAUCACCUUCCGUAGAAUGGAAAGCAAAAUUAGCAUGUCUUGCUGCGGUGAAUACUCUGGAAACCAAUGUAGAAAGUUCAGAACCAUGCCCGUGUAGUGAAGCCCAAGCCAUGCGUGAUACAAGGUUCAAGUUUGAGGGCAAGAAGACUAUAAAAGGAAUAACCGUGCAGCAAUACGUUCCCAGAUUCAAACAACCCAAUGAGAGGCGUCAACUAUGUCACUACAGUAGUCAGUAUGGAAGCCUUAUUAAAGGAUACCCUGGAGGAGGCUACUUAGAGACUGUCAACGUCACAAAUGCUUACAAACUUUGUUGUAACAACAGCGAAAACAUAUCUUGUAAUGUUUUCUACCAAACAAGUCCAUCUGACAAUUGCUCCAGUUAUCUACCACCAACUUGGUCUUUGUCAUGGGGUGACCCUCAUUUUACGACAUUAGAUGGCAAGAAUUAUACAUUUAAUGGACGCGGAGAGUACACUCUAUUGUCUCUAGAUGACGCAUCACAAUCAGUCAAGGUGCAAGUUAGAACAGAGCACAUUGAUGACAGAAAGUCUGCAACCAUUUUUACUGGACUUGCUGCUCAGGAGGUUGGGAAAACAAAGAUAGAGCUCUUGUUGAUGAAUAGAACAUUAAAGACAGCAAACCUAUACAUCAACAAUGUCCUGAACACCACCUUCUCUAGCUCUAAAGUUUUAAACCUUGAUUUUGAUGACGGGUCCAUCACCUCGUCCAAUGCAACAAUUUCCAUAAUUUUCAAGUCUGGAUUAACUAUAAGGGUUGGCGUUAGUGAUAUCCUUAGUAUCGUCUUAUCAGUACCAAAAGAUGAACCUUUUAAAGGAAAAACGUCUGGGCUUCUCGGAAACAACAAUGGAAUCAGUACAGACGAUUUUAUAAAGAAGAAUGGUACAGUUCUCCCCGCCGACUCAAAUGAAACAACGCUAUACAGCUUUGGACAAUCUUGGAUGCUGACGAAAAAUGAAUCCCUUUUCGGAUAUUAUAAUUCGAGUACGAGCGGGCGUAAUUUUACAUUCUUCAAUGAUCCAGCCAAAGCUAGACCGGUCACAUUCAUUGCUGAUGCAGCUAAUUUUACUGACAUCUUGAUUACCAAUUGUAAUAAGACGCAUGGUUUGAAUUUGACUCAUUGCAAGGGGAACAAAGCAUGUAUUGUAGAUACUAUAGGCUCUUGCCAAAAAGACUUUGGUGAAAUGUCGCUUGAUACUGAAGAAAACGCCAUCAAAGAAAAGGAAUUAAUUGAUAACAUGCCACCAAAUCUUGAAAUUCCGAAUGAACUUUAUGUUGGAUACAGCAAAAAUACGUCUGUAGAAUUAAAAUUCAAGCAGCAGAGUGUUGUGCAAGUCACUUGUAAAACUAACAUAGAAUCGAAGUCAUACAAAUGCGAUAACACUAUGUUCUCUUGGAAUGUGUCACAGUCAUUGCGAAAUUCAAUGGUGGAUCUUACAAUAAUGGCGAAAGAUUCUUUGAAUGCAUACUCGGAAUACCAGCCGAACAUUUACUAUUGCGGGUGUGAAAAAGCUGAUCAGUGUGAUUACUCCUUGAUCCAAAUAGACGGUCCAGUGAACGACAACUUUUUCCGUGCUAGAUGUGUUUGUCCAGAGACCCAAAACGGAACUUAUUGCGAGAAAAAGGUGAAUAUUUGUGACAGAAAUCCAUGUUUUGAGAACGUUACUUGCAACGGUACACUUGAUAAUCCAUGCGGUCCAUGCCCGGCAGGCCUUACAGGCGAUGGAGUUAAAUGUUAUGAUAUUGAUGAAUGUCGAACAAAUCAGUCAAAUUGUGGACAGCUUUGUAAUAAUACAAUAGGUGGCUAUACGUGUAGUUGCAGAAAGGGUUACGAAGUUGAUGGCAACACGUGUAAAGAUAUUGACGAGUGUAGCAGUAACUCUUCCUAUUGUGAUUCUCGCCAAAACAAAUAUUGCGUAAAUACGAUUGGGUCCGCAGAUUGUCUAUGUAUGCCUGGUUUUACGGAAAAUGGUGGAAAGUGCGUUAAUGUUAAAGAAAAGCAUUCCUAUGGAGGUGUUCUCGUGUUCGAAGCAACACCAUCAGUGACUAAAGAGGACCUGAAGAAGCCAAUGAUUGAUUAUCUAACCAGCAUAUUCAGUACAUCUGGAAGUGUUUCUACACCUGGAAGUGUUUAUUUUGUGGAACUUGUCUCCUUUAUUGUCCUUCCAUCUUCACGAAAAAAGCGUGAUACAUCAUCAUUUAACAAGUACGAAAUGGACUAUAUUGUACACAUGAACCAGUUGGUACCUACAGAGAACCUAACAGCAAGUCUAGAUAACACUUUUAACAACUUAGGACAAGAGAAUGGGUUCGUCUCACCGAAAAUUCCUGGCUUAAAUGCAGUUGUAAAGAUUUCUACGAAGGAUUCUAAAAUAUUUUCAGAUAAAGAUGGAGGGAUCUGUAAUAUGCCUGGAUCUGUAACCUGCGAUGAUAUAUCAACCAAGUGUGUAUCUGCAAAUGGAGAUUAUUCAUGUAUAUGCAGGGAAGGCUUUAGUGGAUGGGCCAACCCUUAUACAAGCUGUAAAGAUAUUGAUGAGUGUAGUCCGAAACCAUCUACAGUGUGUAUAGGAGGAAAAAAUUGUACAAACUACCCAGGGAGCUACUUGUGCCAUUGUGAACCAGGGUUUCGGUACGAAAAACCUAAUUGUGUAGAUAUGUGCGACUCCAGUCCCUGCCAAAACGGUGGACAAUGUAUACAUGGUAACACAGAGGGAAUGUAUCUGUGCAAGUGCGAUGAUAAAUGGACAGGACCAACUUGUGAAAAUGAGAAUUCUGAAGCAGAGAAGUUAAAGAUAAUUGCCAUAGCAGUGGGAGCAAGUGUAGGGGGCGUUUGUCUUUUCUUACUUUGUGGAUUAUGUGGAAUGUACAGACGAUACAGAAAUCGAUACAGCGGUUAUCGCAGACGACCACUAUCAUCUAUGGAUUUCGAUAGUUCUCUCGGGUUGGCUGGUACUAAUAUAAGGACAAAAGACUUUCCGAUAGAUGACGAUACUGAUACGGCAUUUAGUAUUCCCAGACCUAAAUAUAAUGAAAACGAGUAUGAUAUGCUUAGAACAAAUGCAUCGUCUCUAAAUGAGACAAGCGGGAAGGACACUGGAAAGGUAGAAGAACAAGAGAAUCAACUACCCAAGGUCACCAAGGAGACGUCUGCUUACGGUAAUGACAAUCCGUCUUUUCUUCAUAGUGAAGAUAUGGAGGCUGCUCGCCGCUCAUCUAAACGUUCCAGCAAAAACGCUUAUGACUAUUUCUGAUCAAACAAAAAAAAUUAAUCCAAACUGCAAUAUGAUCGUAAAAAUGUUUUUUUAAUAUAUAAAUGAUGUGUGUCUUUGAAAUAUUAUGUUAUGUGUAUGGCGGGUGUGCGUCGUUUUAAACGGCGAUUAUCAGCCCUGACUGUAUGUAGAGAGUGGGAAAUUUAUAUAUAAUUAUGUAUUUUAUAGGGAUUUAAAGUCACAUUGCCCUAAGUAUUGUACAUAUCAUUGUGAAAUGGAUUUAAAUAAUUGCGAAUGAAAAAUUUACGUGUCAUAGGUUUCAUUUAGUUUAAACAUAUUUUAUUGCAUGAAAUACAUGUCAAAUAUUAUACAAACGAUGAGUAUAUAACAAAAACCAAAUGGGUUAACAACAUUAGAUUAAGCCCUUCCCAGAAAUGAAUUUUAUAGAAAAAAAUACUCUAAGGGCAACAAUGAUUACUUUUCAUACAUAUAUAUAGGCUGUAAAAUAUGUAAUUGUUAUUAGCUCACCUGACCACGAAGUGGUCAAGGUGAGGUAUAGUGAUGGGGCUAUGUCCGGCAUCCGUCUUCGUGCAUAGUGCGUCGUUCGCCGUCAACAAUUGGGUUGUUAACACUCUAGCAGUCACAGUUUGGAUUGGAUCAGCAUCAAACUUUGUCAGAAUGUUUGUCUUAAUAAAAUACAGGACAAAUACGAAGAUGAAUCAUCUCUGGUCAAAAACUAGGUCACGUGAGCUAAAAAUAGAAAAGCUUGUUAACACUCUAGUGGCUGCAGUUUUAAUUCAAAUAUUCUGGAAAUUUGUCAGGAAUGUUGUUUUGAUGAUUUCUAGAUCAAGUUCGAAAUUUGUCAGGAAGGUUGUUUUGAUUUUUUCUAGGUCAAGUUUGAAUAUCGGUCAUCUUGGGUCAAAAACUAGGUCACAGAAGCUAAAAAUAGAAAAAUCUCGUUAACACUCUAGUGGCUGCAGUUUUCAUCCAAAUAUUCUUGAAAUUUGUCAGAAAGGUUAAUUUGAUGAUUUCUAGGUCAAGUUUGAAUAUGGGUUAUCUCCAGUCAAAAACUAGGUCACAGGAACUAAAAAUAGAAAAAUCUCGUUUACACUGAAGUGGCUGCAGUGUUGAUCCAAAUAUCCUGGAUAUUUGUCAGGAAGGUUGUUUUUAUGAUUUCUAGGUCAAGUAUGAAUAUGGGUUGUCUCCGAUCAAAAACAAGGUCACAGGGACUGUAAAUAGAAACAUCUUGUUAACAUUCUAGUGGCUGCAGUUUUGAUCCAAGUAUCCUGGAAAAUGAUCAGGAAGGUUGUUUUGAUGAUUUCUAGGUCAAGUUCGAUUAUGGAUCACCUGGUGUCCAAAAACUAGGUCACACUGCCCAAAUAUGUAAAACAUUGUUGAUACUCUAAUGGUAACAUUUUUGACUCAGUUCUCUUCAAACUUGGUCAGGAUGCUUUUGUCAAGUUAAUUGCUUGGAGGAGUUCAAAUAUGGGUAUCUCUGAUGAAAAACUAGGUCACAGGAGCUAAAAAUAGAAAAUCUUGUGAACUCUCUUAUGGCUACUGUUGGUAUCCAAAUAUCCUAGAAAUUGGUCAGCAAGUUUGUUUCGAUGAUUUCUAGGUCAAGUUUGAAUAUGGGUAACCUGGGGUCAAAAGGUAAGUCACACUGCCCAAAUAUGGAAAAACAUUAACACACUAGAGGUCACAUUUUUAACUCAAUUGUCAUCAAACUUGGUCAGGAUGCUUGUCUAAUACAUUGCUCGGAUGUGGUUGAUAGGUCAGGGGAGCGAUCUAGGGCCAUCUUGGUCCUCUUGUUUAACAUUUCAUUUCACCUGACUCGUUUAAGAUGUAUUGAUCACUAUUUAAAACCAUAUGUAUGCUUGAAUUUACUUUUUGUACCUGAAUAUGCAUUGAUUAUUCUUAAAUUGUAGAUAAAUUUCGUUUUAUUUGAAAAUUGCCUAAUUAACAAGCUUUUGUUGCAAUGUGCUUGUAUGUGCAAGCAUCGUAAAAGUAUAUCCGAAAGGCUAUUUUUAUCAAGUUUAUACAUGUAUAUGCAUCUUAAAACAAUAGGGCCGGUACCUGAAUUUAUAGUGCAAAAUGUAGUAAAUAUUAUCACAGAAAAUAUUUCCUAUCUUGUGUUCGGUAAUUUAAAUGAUAAGAAUGUUUUUGUAUGUUUAUGUUAUGUCAGUGAUAUGUUUGUUUUGGUUUGUAUGUAAAGUUUGUUUCUAAUACCCAGAUUUCUUUUUAUGUUUGCUAUUUUUAUGCUGUGUGCUAGUACGUUACAUAAGAUACCAUUUUUUUUGCUUUAUCAUUAUGCACAAACAUUACUUUUCAAAUAAAUACCACCUAUUCAUACCAGUUAAAAGAACUAUUUAAGAAAUAAAAAAAAUGUUUAAAGUGAAAUUAAAAGUAAAUUUUCUUUUUUUUUUGAAAAUAUUGAUUCAUUUUAUUAAGAUAAAAAGUCACAUGAUUAUAGCAAUGGUUUCCUAAUUGUUUUCAAUCAUAUUUAAAUCAGAUGUAAAUAAUCAUGCAUGUCAUGUCUAAGACGCAUUAUUAACCAAGAAUAAUUGUUUUAUGAUCACAUUAAUGUUAUUUUGUUGUAUGUUUUACUCUUGCCAAAUCAUCUUGAACAUAGUUCAUUUCUAGAAGAUGCCAUGCACGUUAAUUUUAUACAUGUGAUUUAUUAGUCAUAUUUUAUCCAUUAGAUUUACCCGGCAUUACUUUUUCAAGCUGAUUUACCACAAAUUUUUAUCCAUGUAAUUGACCACAAAUUCCACACACAUAAUUUCUCAACAGUUGUAUCCAGUUGAUUACCAGUAUAUUUUCUAGGUAUUUAAAUUCAGAUGUAAUCAUAAUGGGUUUUUUACAGGUAAUUUUAUCCAUUUAAUUUGAUCAAGAAAUG